UGUACGAGUAGGGCUAGGCAUCGUUAUGAUGAUACCUCCGUAGAUGAUACUAGGAAUAGAGCAGUCUCCUACGGAGUACUUUUUACUCUUCUUUUACCUCCCUCUCUCUGUUACUACUACUCCGUACAUACUAUGCAGUAGAUACUCAAUGUACUCGAGAUCCUCGAAGCUACGAGUGCUUGGGCUUGGUAGUGGAGAAGAGUCGAAUCCGUGCCCUCGUGACCAAUAGUGAGAGACGGACCCUCAUCACCUGGGUAGAGCGGACACUACAGAAUACACAGUUGUCCAUACUUGAUACUUGAUAUAG